AAGCUGUUAGGGGGCGUGUAGCUGUAGCUGAAGCUUUGAUCUUGUUUGAUUAUUUAGUUUUUUUGUUCUGUUUUGAAAGGAAGAGAGGUAAAGAAGUUUAAGCAUGGCGGCGGCAAUGCUCAGAAUUGGACGACUGGGAACUUUUAAGAGCCUGCAGGCAGAGAGCUGGAGUGCAUUACAAAAAGCCCAAGUGGUUGUGCUGCGUUCAAAAUCUGGACAGGGUAAGAAGUCUAAAAAGUCCAACAAAGAAACAUCCAAAUCAAAAACGUACUUUGAUAUUCAAAAUCUUAUUCAACACAGAACCUACCAAGGAGUCACCAAGCAGGCCAUAACACCUGCUCCUGCUACCCCCACAGCAGUAGCAGCAGCUGGGUCUGUAACUGCAGCAGCCAUUUCUAACCAAGCUGCAGCUGUAGCACCCCCAACUGCUGAAGUCAUUACUGAUCCUGUCCAAAGUGAAAGUUCACCUGUUACAGAAAUCUGUCCAGCAGCAGUGGAUACCACACCUAUCCCAAAAGUCGCUGCUGCUCAACCUGCUGUUGAAGCUGAACCUGUUGGUGAAGAUGCAAGAGAAGUCACUUCCCAUGUUCUUGAAGCUGAAGUUGAAACUGUACCUGUUGCAGAAAACCCAGCCCCUGCUUCUACAGCUGAAGUCAUACCCAUUGCAAAAGCUACCCCAGAAGCAGUUUGCCCUGUUAUUAAAACUGUCCCUGCAGAUGUUGCAGAAGUUAUUCCAGAAGUUACAGUUGAGUCAGCCCCUACAGGGGUUGCUGCAGGGGUUUCAGCCGAACUAGAAGCUGCUCCUACAGACCUUUCCCUAAAAGUUACAGCUCAAGCAACUUCUGCUGCAAUUAUUUCAAAAAAUGCAGUUGAAGCAUCCUCUACAGACGUUGCCCCAGAAAUUACACCUGAAGUGACCACUACGGCAGUUGCUCCAGAAGUUACAUGUGAAACAACCACCACUACUGCUGUGCCAGAGUCUGCAGGUGAAGCAGCCCCCAAAGAAGUUGUCCCAGAAGUUACAGCUCAAGCAACUUCUGCUGCAGUUAUUUCAGGAGCUACAGUUGAAGCAUCCUCUACAGAUGUUGGCCCAGAAGUUACACCUGAAGUGACCACUACACUAGUUGCUUCAGAAGUUACAUGUGAAACAACCACCACUACUGCUGUGCCAGAGUCCGCAGGUGAAGCAGCCCCCAAAGAAGUUGUCCCAGAAGUUACAGCUCAAGCAACUUUUGCUGCAGUUAUUUCAGGAGCUACAGUUGAAUCAUCCUCUACAGAUGUUGGCCCAGAAGUUACACCUGAAGUGACUACUACAGCAGUUGCUUCAGAAGUUACAUGUGAAACAACCACCACUAAAGCUGUGCUGGAGUCUGCAGGUGAAGCAGCCCCCAAAGAAGUUGUCCCAGAAGUUACAGCCCAAGCAAAUCCUGCUGCAGUUAUUUCUGGAGCUACAGUUGAAUCAUCCUCUACAGAUGUUGGCCCAGAAGUUACACCUGAAGUGACUACUACAGCAGUUGCUUCAGAAGUUACAUGUGAAACAACCACCACUAAAGCUGUGCUGGAGUCUGCAGGUGAAGCAGCCCCCAAAGAAGUUGUCCCAGAAGUUACAGCCCAAGCAAAUCCUGCUGCAGUUAUUUCUGGAGCUGCAGUUGAAGCAUCCUCUACAGAAGUUGCCCAAGAGGUUACAAACGAAGUGGCCACUACAGCAGUUUCUCCAGAAAUUGUCUCUGAAGGUACAUGUGAAACAACCACCACUGAAGCUGUACCAGAAGUUACCCAAGGGGUUAAACCCAAAGUGGCCACUACAGCAGUUUCUCCAGAAAUUACCUCAGUAGUUACAUGUGAAACAACCGCCCCUGAAGCUAUGUCAGAGUCUGCAGGUGAAGCAGCCCCUACAGAAUUUGUCAACGAAGUUACAGUUGAAGCAGCUCCCACAGAAAUUGCUCAUGAACUUAUGGCAGGGGCAACUCCUUCGGAUGUCGUUCAAGAAGUUACAAAUCAGACAGUUCCUACAGAAGUUGCACCUGAAGUGGGCUCCAAAGAGCUUGCUCCAGAGGUUAUGGCUAAAGCAAUCCCAACAGAAACUUCAGCUGAAGCAGCAGCUUCUGUAGACCCUGUUGUAGAAUCUGUUAUUGAGACUGUCCUAGAAGCUGCUGCUGAAGCGGUUACUGAAGUCAUUGCAGAAACUGUCCCUUUUGAAGCUGUUGUUGAAGUAGUGGACGCAAUUGCUGAAACUGUAGCUGAAGUUGUUGCAGAAGCAGCUUCAGUAGAAAAUCAAGAUGACAUUGCCAGUGUGAUUACUGAUGCAGCAGAGGCUCCUGUCGAAGUAGAAGCAUCUGAGGCUGGUUUGGACCCUAUUCAGAAACUCUUCUUGGAUUCCAUUCACACCUAUUCCUCCAGAAGCAUAGGAACUGGGGGUCUGGUUGAUGCAGGUCUUGAAUACCACAAGGCCCUGGCUGAGGAAAUCACCAAACUACAAAGGUUAUAUGGUGGUGGAGACCUGGAAUCAUUCCCAGAAUUUAAUUUUCCUGAACCAACGUUGGAUGAAGUGUUUACCAAGUAAACAGCCUUUUUUUACACCAUUAUGCCAUUUUGUGCCUCCAUCUGGGACAAAUAUGGUUGCUCUCUUCACCAUGGGCAUUUAAGUCAAACCGAGACUUGAUGAAAUUUCCCUUAAAUGAAAACAUUCCCAAAAGACUUCAAGCACAGUACAGUGAUGGGACUCAUAGCUGCAGUAAAACGUUUGAAUGGUGUAAACAUAUUAAAGAAGGCUGUACGUUCAUAAAUUACAUUCCCAGCUGAGAUGGCUUGGAGCCCCAUAACAUUCUUACUUGAUUGUAUCUAAGAACUUGUGAAAUGUACGGAUAGGUAUAUUAGAGUAUGAGAUUAUAAUAAAUAAAUUAAGUUUUUAGUCUAUAACUAUGUUUUGGUAUUCUUUACAAUGAAAAGUCGCGGUUUGACUUGAACACCCCUUGUAUUUUUAUAUAGACUGGCUUCUAUAUGAUGAAAAGCAUCUGUACAUGUAUUGAAUCAGAGGCAGUGAGAACAUCAUGUAAUAUUUAUUAAAUAUUGUAUGCAUUUACAUGUUAUUUUCUGAAUUUCUGCUCAGUUUUCAUGAAAACAAUUAAUAGAAAACAAAAAAUAAAUAUAUCCAUGUUUGUGCAUGUUUUUCUGCUAUUGACCUGGUUGUGGAUCUCUGAAUUUGUGGCUAAUAAAGGGCUCUGUGCGUGCCAAUUAAG